CAAUUUAACGAGAAGAUAGUGUUCAAAACUCUUUAGACGCCGGUAAUACUUUCAGAGCAUUUGUAACAGAUCCACUGACAGUGCUGUCUUCUGACCGAGGAGCAAGCGAUGCAUAGAAAAGUUCCUGGAUUAACGCAGAAUUAGCACAAAGCAGAGACGCCACCUCAGCCCAACAUUGCAAACCGACUGAACUAGCAGAGAGAGGAAACGAUUGAGGGAGAAGCAGUGCGCACAAGAAACUGAGACGCAUACCCCAGCAGCUCAAGACGACUCCCAGAGAGCACAGAGACGGGUCAGGACGGGCAUCCUUCUGGAAAGGGGACCCACGCAGAAGAGAGCUUCAAAAGCAUGGCGGAAAAACAAUUUUCUGGCAUAUUGAACGGAGCGGUUCCAGGAGAGCCAGUGAAGAAAGAUGAAAACUCCAGAAGGGGAAACUGGGGCAACCAGAUUGAGUUUGUCCUCACCAGUGUGGGUUACGCAGUGGGGCUGGGAAACGUCUGGAGGUUUCCUUACCUUUGCUACAGAAAUGGAGGAGGUGCCUUCAUGUUUCCAUACUUCAUCAUGCUGGUGUUUUGUGGCAUCCCUCUGUUCUUCCUGGAGCUCUCCUUUGGGCAGUUCACCUCCCUCGGGUGCCUGGGAGUCUGGAAGGUCAGCCCAAUGUUUAAAGGUGUGGGCUAUGGAAUGAUGGUGGUCUCUACCUACAUUGGAAUCUACUACAAUGUGGUGAUUUGCAUUGCAUUUUAUUACUUCUUCAUGUCAAUGACUAACCUGCUGCCCUGGACGUACUGUAACAACCCUUGGAACACCCCUGACUGCUCUGGGGUGGUGGGAACUCCACGAGCUAAUGCCACCUUCGCCAAUAUGUCUGCUGUCGUGUCAGGGGUGACUGAGAUAGUCAACCGCACCAAGAGGACCAGUCCUAGUGAAGAGUACUGGAGGAACUAUGUAUUGAAUAUCUCUGACGGCAUUGGGAACUUUGGGGAGGUGCGUCUGCCUAUCCUGGGAUGUCUGGCUGUGUCAUGGGUGGUUGUGUUUCUCUGUCUUAUUCGAGGAGUCAAGUCAUCAGGCAAAGUGAUGUAUUUCACAGCGACCUUCCCUUAUGUGGUGCUGACCAUUCUCUUCAUUAGAGGAAUCACUCUUGAAGGAGCCGUCAGUGGUAUCAAAUACUAUUUGACCCCUCAGUGGCAAAAAAUUCUAGAUGCCAAGGUAUGGGGGGACGCUGCCUCUCAGAUUUUCUAUUCGCUUGGCUGCGCCUGGGGUGGGCUUAUUACCAUGGCAUCAUAUAACAAGUUCCACAAUAACUGUUUCAGAGACAGUAUCAUCAUCAGUGUAACAAACUGUGGCACCAGUGUGUACGCUGGCUUUGUUAUCUUCUCCAUCCUGGGAUUCAUGGCUCAUCAUCUUGGGGUGGAUGUGUCAGAGGUGGCCGAUCAUGGUCCAGGCCUGGCAUUCGUGGCCUACCCAGAGGCCCUAACACUUCUGCCCAUAUCACCUCUCUGGUCCCUGCUCUUCUUCUUUAUGCUCAUUUUAUUGGGCCUGGGCACUCAGUUCUGUCUACUGGAGACUCUGGUGACAGCUAUAGUAGAUGAGAUUGGAACAGACUGGAUUAUCAGAAAUAAGACCUACGUCACGCUCGGAAUUGCUAUAGUGGGCUUCCUUCUGGGAGUGCCGCUGACCACACGGGCAGGGAUAUACUGGUUGCUGCUUAUGGACAAUUACGCUGCCAGUUUCUCUCUGGUCGUCAUCUCUUGCAUCAUGUGCAUCUGUAUAAUGUAUGUCUAUGGUCACAAGAACUAUUUUAAAGAUGUGGAGAUGAUGCUUGGCUUCCCUCCUCCAAUCUUCUUCAGGGUCUGCUGGAGAUUUGUGUCUCCUUUAAUUAUUUCUUUCAUUCUGAUUUUUACUGUGAUACAGUACAAGCCUAUUAUGUACAAUGACUAUGUGUACCCUGGUUGGUCAUUGGUCAUUGGGUUUGCCAUGGCUUUGUCUUCAGUUAUCUGUAUACCUGUCUAUGCUCUGUACAAGAUUGCUGUGUCUGAGGGAUCGACAUUUACAGAGCGUUUGAAGAACUCCUUGAAGCCUGACCUGGACUGGGGCCCUGCUCUCCAGGAGCACCGCAAGGGACGAUACGCCACCACGGGCCCUGAAUCUGUGGAGGUGUGCCCUCUCAAAGAAGAGCUGAAGGAUGAGGGGAAAGAGAAACUCAAGGAGAAAGAGGAUGAGAUCGGUCUGACCAUCCCAGGAAGCAACGGCUCCACAUUGAACCCCACACCCAGCGCAUAGAGGAGCCCCUCCACACCUUCCCCCCCAGGACGGUUCCCAUUCCCACACUGCGGGACAGGCCACUCUCGCUGGAGACCUUUACAUAUUGUAAGGGCUUUAUGAAAUCUAACCUCUAGAGAAAUUGGUUGUCAUCCAAAACCUUUUUCUUUUUGUUCACAUAAUUUAAUACUGCAGUUUUUUUAAAGAAAAAAAAGACAUGUUCAUAUACAGGAGGUAUUUGCAUUCACGCAGUGUGUAUAUAGCGCAUUGUACAAUAUUUUCACUCUGUUUUGUAUAGUCUGGAGAUGUGACUGUAGUGGCAACAGGAGCUACAGUGGGAUUUGGCUUGUGU